UUUCACCCUUUUCACAUCAUGUAAAUGACAGCAACGUUUUCACGUCUAUAGACUAGAGACUGCCCCUCGGGUUGCUAGUGCUACCAAAGGAAUAGUGCGUAGACUGUAAACAUGCUCUGUUGGACUGAAGCACAGCACUUUUUGUAGUCCUGUUUUUGAAUAGACGAGAAGUGGGUUACUUGCAGUACUGUCUCCUGAUGUUUAGUGGAUUAAAAUGCUUUUUGAGCGUACGAUGACAACACAGCUUUUGCUCCAGUUUCAGCUUAGUGCAUCCUGCUCAGCUGUUUAGCUUUAUUCUGCAAUGGGAAGCAGAUCUUGUCAGGUGCAAUAACUAUCAUCUGCCUUAACACGGAGGCUCUCCAACAACAUCUGGAUUUUUCGUUAGCUCGAAUGGCUUCCUUACUGGCAUCUGAGAUGUACCAUGUGGUAGGAAGUGUAGCCACUUCACAAAGAUUCAAACUGGCACAAAUGGUUGAAAGAUGUAUGAGUGUAAUGCAGUCUGGGACACAGAUGAUCAAGCUAAAGAGUGGAACAAAGGGUUUGGUUCGCCUGUUCUACCUGGAUGAACAUCGUACAUGUAUUAGGUGGAGACCAUCCAGGAAAAGUGAAAAAGCUAAAAUCAUAAUUGAUUCCAUUUACAAAGUCACGGAGGGGAGGCAGUCUGAAAUCUUCCAUCGCCAUGCUGAGGGAAAUUUUGACCCUACUUGUUGUUUUACCAUUUACCAUGGAAACCACAUGGAGUCCUUGGAUCUGAUAACAUCCAACCCAGAAGAAGCUCGGACAUGGAUUACAGGGUUAAAGUAUUUGAUGGCUGGAAUAAGUGAUGAAGAUUCUCUAGCUAAAAGGCAGCGGACUCACGAUCAAUGGGUAAAACAGACAUUUGAAGAAGCUGACAAGAAUGGAGAUGGCUUGCUAAACAUAGAAGAAAUUUACCAGCUCAUGCAUAAGCUUAAUGUGAAUUUACCUCGCAGGAAAGUCCGGCAGAUGUUUCAGGAAGCAGACACGGAUGAGAAUCAGGGCACAUUAACCUUUGAGGAGUUCUCGGUGUUCUACAAGAUGAUGUCAUUACGGAGAGAUCUCUACCUGCUGCUCUUAAGUUACAGUGAUAAAAAAGAUCACUUAACAGUGGAUGAACUUGCCCAAUUUCUAAAAGCGGAACAAAAGAUGAAUAAUGUGACGACAGAAUACUGCCUUGACAUUAUACAGAAGUUUGAAGUUUCAGAAGAAAACAAGGAACAGAAUGUACUGGGAAUAGAAGGUUUUACCAGUUUCAUGAGAAGCCCAGCAGGCGACAUAUUUAACCCUUUGCAUGGUGAAAUUUUCCAGGAUAUGGAGCAGCCUUUGUGCAACUAUUACAUUGCAUCAUCUCAUAAUACUUAUUUAACUGGGGACCAACUUCUUUCACAGUCAAAAGUGGAUAUGUAUGCCUGGGUGCUACAAGAUGGCUGCCGAUGUAUAGAAGUUGACUGUUGGGAUGGACCAGAUGGAGAGCCUGUUGUGCACCAUGGAUACACACUCACCUCAAAAAUCCCUUUUAAAGAUGUUGUGGAGGCCAUCAACAAGCAUGCGUUUGUUAAAAAUGAAUAUCCUGUAAUUCUGUCUAUUGAAAACCACUGCAACAUUCAACAGCAAAGGAAAAUCGCUCAAUAUCUAAAAGAAAUACUUGGGGACAAACUUGAUUUAUCUUCAAUUCCACUAGGAGAAAACAAACAACUUCCUAGCCCUCAUAAUCUAAAGGGGAAAAUACUUGUGAAGGGGAAAAAGUUGCCUUAUGACCUAGCAGAGGAUGCUGAGGAGGGGGAAGUGUCUGAUGAAGACAGUGCAGAUGAGAUAGAAGAGGAAUGCAAAUUAAGCCAUUGCUUUAGCAAUGGAACAACGGAACACCAAGUAGAAUCUUUCAUAAGAAAAAAACUGGAGUCUUUACUGAAGGAAUCUCAGAUCAGGGACAAGGAGGAUCCUGACAGCUUCACUGUGAGAGCUUUACUGAAGGCAACUCAUGAGGGCUUGAAUGUUAAUCUGAAACAGAAUUCAGACUCAAAAGAUCGAGUUAAAUCCAAAAGAUCAUCAAUAGGCAACAUUGGGAAACAUAAGAGAACUUCAAAAUCCAGGUCAAAAUCUUGCAGCACAGAUGAAGAUGAAGAUUCUUCACCGAGGGAAUCAGGGCAGAUGCACAGGUGGAGCCAAGCUACUUAUGGCAUCUUACUUACUUGUGCAUGGAUUGGUGGAGAAGAGGAUUUUGAAAAUGCUCAUUACAGGUUGGGACGUCGGAGGAAGACUAUGAAAUUAUGUCGUGCUCUUUCAGAUCUUGUUGUGUACACAAAUUCUGUGGCUGCACAGGACAUAGUAGAUGAUGGGUCCACAGGAAAUGUUCUGUCAUUCAGUGAGACAAGAGCUCAUCAAGCUGUUCAGCAGAAGUCAGAACAGUUCAUACUGUACAACCAGAAACAGCUUACCAGAAUAUAUCCAUCAGCUUACAGGAUAGACUCCAGUAACUUUAACCCUGUACCGUACUGGAAUGCUGGGAUCCAGUUGGUGGCGCUCAACUACCAGACAGAAGGACGCAUGAUGGAAUUAAAUCGAGCAAAAUUCAAGGUGAAUGGUAAUUGUGGAUAUGUCCUCAAACCCCAGCAGAUGUAUAAAGGUGUGUUCAAUCCAUUCUCUGGAGACCCUUUACCAGCCAGCCCUAAAAAGCAGCUUAUUCUAAAAGUUAUUAGUGGUCAACAGCUUCCAAAACCUCCAGAUUCCAUGCUUGGUGACAGAGGAGAGAUCAUUGAUCCAUUUGUGGAAGUGGAAAUUAUUGGUUUACCUGUGGAUUGCUGCAAAGAACAAACUCGUGUAGUUGAUGACAAUGGUUUUAAUCCAGUCUGGGAGGAGACCCUUACCUUUACUGUCCACAUGCCUGAAAUAGCACUGGUCAGGUUUUUAGUAUGGGACCAUGAUCCAAUUGGGCGAGAUUUUGUUGGACAGAGAACAGUGGCCUUCAGCAGUCUAAUGCCCGGAUACCGCCAUGUUUAUUUGGACGGACUUACUGAAGCCUCCAUUUUUGUCCAUGUCACAAUAAAUGAGAUAUAUGGGAAGUGGAGUCCUUUAAUCCUCAAUCCCAGUUAUACUAUAUUGCACUUUCUAGGAGCCACAAAGAACAGACAGUUUAUUGGGCUUAAAGGGCUUUUCAAUAAAAGUACAAAGCAUGGUUCGGUAGAAAGUAAUGGUCAUAUACGAAAGCGAUCCAUCGGAGACCGAAUUUUAAGACGCACUGCAAGUGCACCUGCCAAGGGCAGAAAGAAGACUAAGAUGGUGUUUCAAGAAUCCACAGAGAGUAAAGACUUUCCAUGUGAGGUAUCUGGUGCUAAGGAGAAGGAGGUUGUAAUGAGGAGAACAUCCAGAAGCCUACAGGGUCGACCUGUUUCAAUGCCAGUGGAUAAGUUUCUUCUUGGGGCCUUUGAACCUUCUACAUCAGAAUCUUCUAAAGAUACCAAAAUAAAUGACAUAGCAUCAGGAAAUGAGAAAAAUAAGAAAGAAGUGCUUGAAUUUAUCCAGAAUCCCGCAUGUCUUCCCAAAAAUCCACACCAGGCCAUUGCCACUGUCAAUGGACAUGUACAUAAAAAAUGGCAGAGUUUACACUUAGACUAUGGGAAAAAAAUGUAUGAGGAUAUCAGAGAGUUCAAUGACACGUUUACUAGUGAACCAGAGGAUGAAAAGGAAAAAAUGAAUCGGAAAAGUCCAAAUGUUAAAGAUUUGAGGCAAAAAGCAUCGCAAGAAUCAUUCUGCCUAACAAAAUCUGCAACCUCUCAAGACAAAUUCAAAGUUAAUGAAUUGAUGUCAACUACAGAUUUGUCAACUACUGUCUGCACUGAUGCAAACCAUUUACAGUCUACGGCCAUUAUUUUGGAAAAUGAUAUAUCACACAUGAUAAAUGAGGUUCCCUCUGUGAAUAAUAGUGAACUUGGCAGCUCCAUAUCUGCAUUGAUAAGGCAGUUUGAAGUCACCGAUGAGAAAACAAGCUUGACAUGUGUCUCAAGUUUAAAUGGCAUUAAUAGUCAUGCAAAGAUUUCUGGAUAUUCUGAAAUAUUCACACCUGCCAUUUCAACACCAAAAAGGCACUCUUCAGUGCCAAAACAUGUGGAAAGACUAUUAUACACAGCAAAUGAUACUUCAGUUUUCUCUAGCCCAGAAACAACAGAAUAUUCAAUGUACACAAUUAUACAGGAAGCAGACCUGAGCGGGAACACACUGAUGGAUGCCAACACUGUCAGAGAAAGUGACAGAUCAUUUGACAACUUCAGAAAGUCACCAUGCAAGCAAUCUUAUCCUGAAAUAAAGUCAAAACCUGCAAAGGCUGUUUAUCCUGAUAUAAAGCCAAAACCCACAAAUAUACGUCCAUCAAGCAUGGAAAAUCUUUUGAGCUCAUCAAAUCAGGCUAACAGUCUGACCAAUAGGAUUCCUUCAGAGCCUUCUUACAAAUUUCAUACUGGUGGUCUAGUUAAAUAUCAGAAAGCAUCUCAGGGUCUUCAAGAUGUUUCCCAAAGCUUCCAAGAGAAAGACUUUAAAAAUGUGCCAUCACAUCUGCCCUACCAGAACAAUUUGAAUGACUUUAUCACAACAGAAAAAUUCAAAAAUCAAAACGCUAUAUUGCAUACCAACAUGCAUCAGGAGGUCUCUGAUUCAUUAGGACACUCUCAUAUAUACCAAAGGAGAGACCAGGAACAACAGGUUAAAAAUAAUGCACUUAGAGACUCAAAAUAUAUUGCUCACAGAGGCAGCUUGCACACUCCUUACAUUCCAAAACAGGCAGGUCCAAAUAUGUGUCCAUCCCAAGAAACCAAACAACCUAGUCCAUGCAAGUCAAAAAGUCUCGGCGACCUGACUUCGGAAGACAUAUCUUGUAAUUUUGAUAGCAAGUAUAAACGCAUAAAUAGGGGCUUUCUUUUGUCUGGUAAUUCUGAAGACAGACCAACUUUAGUCAAAUCUAAACAUCAAUCUACAGAUGCAUUAACUGAGCAGUUACGGAGACUGGUGUCUUAUGAUCAAGAAGAUUGUAGUAAACCAUCAAUCUAUGAGGAGGAUGAAUUGGAUAAACCUAGACCUCUAGCCCGGAAAUUGUCUUCUAGAAGUCAAAGUAGAGUGCGGAACAUUGCUAACCGUGCCAAGGAAAGACAGGAAGCCAAUAAAAUAAAACAAAACCGACAAUUUCCAAGUGGUGUAGUCCUAAGGAAUAAGCCACCCACAGCUUGUCCACCUGUAAACAGACAUUCCACUGGAUCCUACAUAGCAGGAUAUUGUAGUAACCGAGACGGCUUAGAGAGCAGGGGUAUACCAGAGGGUGCAUGUUCUUACCAAACCUAUAGACAUAAUGACCAGUUUUGCAUAGAUCAUUUCACAUAUCAGACUGACUCGUGCAAUACUGGAGAACCAGAAGUCUAUUUCCUUCUGAGAUUGUAAAUUGUAUAUAGAACUUAAAUCAAUGUUGUUUACAAGAUGUCUGAUUUUAUCUGAACAUUUUAUUAGAACAUAAUUUCCAAAUGAUUUAGCUAUAUGGUUAUCAUUAGUCUUCCUUUAGUUUUUAAGCUGCUCUUACUAUCAGCAUCUGUAAAUAUACUCUUGGACUUUUUUCAUUUAUAAUUUUUCAUUUUUAAGUUACGUUGGGUAUAAACAGGGAAGUGCGUGCAUGCAGUUAUGACCUAAUUUAUUGUAAUAUGCAUGUACAUUACAUUCAUAGGAAGAAAUCCUGUAAAUCUGCACACAUCAGCAACUGCUAUUGCAAUAAAAAAAUGGAUUUCCCUACUUUUGUUAAUGUCUUACUUGUUUUUGUUUUUUUAAUCAUGUACAAAACAAAGAAUAAGAAUUCAUAUAAUUGGUUUAUCAUUUUUUUAAAGAAUUUUUUUUUUUUUUUUUUUUUUUUACAUUGUGGUGGAUACAUGUGAAGUAGGAGAACAAAACAACAAAUCCAUAGCAUGGUAGAGGAAUUUCACAGUGUAACAGUUUAAUGUUAAGGGCUAAACACAUAAUUUUAAGUGAAUAAUCAUCAUUCAAUACUAUGUUCCUUAGGAGAUCGAGUUAUCACAAAGCAGAAAAAAGCAUGAAGCAUUAGAGCUGCAGGAUGCAAGUUAAUUUAUUGGUUGCUAUGUAUUUGGUGUGGCUCCUGCUGAUUUCCUUCUUCUGUUUUCUCUACGUCUCAUCAUCCUUGGGGACUUGAGAUUCAAUAAUGGUGUGUCAUUAAAAUGAAGACUGUUAUCGAGAACUAUGAGAUAGCAUCAUGAUACUAUGUUCAUUUUUAGUUCACAGGGAG